AUGGAUCCCGCUUCUUCUUCGGAUUUAUCCUCAUCAUCUGAAGACAAAAAAAAGAACGCUCCAAUGGAUUCCCGUCCAACUGCCAAGGAGUUGCUUGAUCGCGUCGACUAUGAUAUUUCGCAGCUGCUGCAGCGGUUCGAGAACAUCAUCGCUAUUGCUGCCAAGAACUUCGACGGCACCAGUCAUGUUGAUGCUGCUGUUGAAGCAUUCCAAAUCGAUGUCGAAUCUACCGCGCUGACCCGUUCUGCGGAGGACCUACUUGCCUUGCACCGCCUCAUGAAGGAGCUUUGGCUCUUCGGGAAGCUCGAUACCCUCGGCGAAGACGAGCGAGAUGUCCAGCGGCGUGAGAAGCUCGAGGAGGAUGUGAAGGCCAUCCAGAAGGCUCUUGACAGAGGAUUAUUGAUGCCGUCGUCGGGUGAGCCCGAGAACCCUGAGCAGUCCGAGAAGCCCGAGAAAUCUGAUAAAUAA